AUGCCUGUAGGUUUACUGGAUUUACGAGAAUCAAGCAAGAAGCCAGUAUGCAUGUCUCUAUUCAGUAUUAUCAUCGCUGCACGAAUUAUCUUCGUACAAUCAUUAGGAAUAUUUACCGAACAAGAAUGCCUAUUUGACCCAACGCCACACUCCAAAUGGAAAGCAUGCAGUUGCGAAAAUUUUGAUGGUGAAGGUAACAUCCACGUAAAAUGUAGCCGUCAACCAUGGACAAUCAUACCAACCAUUCCAUAUGAUAACCGAUCACUUUUCUCUCAUAAUGACACGGUUUACAACAUUGUUGCACUGUCAGUUAAGCAUAGUAGUGUGACGCUUAUCAAACAGGAUGCACUAAAACAUCACAACAUUCAAAUACUCGACCUCACCAAUAAUCACAUCGAAGCAAUCAACGUUAACGCAUUUCGCGGUCUUGAGAACAAACUUUAUCAAUUAACGUUGAAUCAGAAUAGCCUAACGUCAAUACCAUCUUCGGCGAUGACCUACCUUUACCAGCUACGGUAUCUGCACUUGGUUCAUAAUAUGAUAUCCGAAAUUAAAUCAGAUACAUUCGAUGAAACUCAACUCAAAAAUCUUCAUUACUUACACCUCGACUAUAAUCAGAUAAGUAUGCUACCGAAAAAAUCGCUUUUACGACUGCCACUACAAGUGCUGACGCUUUCAAAUAAUCGGAUCAUUGAGAUUGAAAAAUUAGCACUACCAACGACAAUUUGGUUCUUGGACUUGAAAAGCAAUCUCAUUCCCGAGAUACCAUAUCUCGCGCUACGAGAGUUGAAACAACUACGCACUUUAGACUUGGAAAGUAAUAAUAUCACUGAAGUGACUAACAACCCCGAAGUGAAAUUUAUUUCGGAAAUAGAUCUAAAACUAAGCAAUAAUCGAAUCAGACAUAUUAAAGACAACGCUUUUGAUAGCUUUCAAAAGUUUGGUCGAUUAGAUUUAAGCUAUAACCAGAUUUCAACAAUAUCUGGAGCUGCCUUCAAUUCAAUCAGUCAAAUACGACAAAUCGACUUAAGCUAUAACAGAAUAGUACGUAUACCAGUAGAUACAUUCAAAAAUGUGGCCAAAUCGUUGAAAUGGAUAAAUUUGGAAGAGAAUCAAUUACAUCAACUACCAAAUGCUUUGCAGCCGUUACGGACACUAGAGAUUCUCAAUAUGAAUGGCAAUAAAUUGACUGCAUUGGAUACCAACACAAUUAAUAACGUGAAACCAGUUUUAACCGAGCUUCUGCUAGCAUUUAAUCGGCUAAUCGAGAUACCAAGUCAAGUACUGAAUGGGAUGAGUCGAUUACGACAUCUCGAUUUGUCAAAGAAUAGGAUUCGAUAUGUGCGACGCUUAGCUUUCGGAAAACUUGAUGGUACUGGAACAAAUUUAUUGAAGUUGAAUCUGGCUGGAAAUUUAAUCGAAAAUAUUACUGACUCUGGUGCUUUUCUCUACAUGAGUUCACUCGUAUACUUGGAUUUGUCGCACAACCUCAUCAACUACCUUAAUGAUAAUGCCUUUGAACGACUCGAAGGUGUCGAGUCCCUCUUUCUACAGGGCAAUCAACUCAAUCAGUUUCCCAUUACUGCCCUGGCUAACAUGAAACGCUUACGUUAUCUACUUUUGGAUGAUAAUCCGAUACGGGUUCUACCUGACUAUGUCCUAAGCACUCUCCCACAUCUACAACGGUUGUCGUUCACUCGUACAAGACUUCAGCACAUCACAGAUCGUACAUUCUCUGGGCAUUCUGCACCAAAUUUACGUUCUCUGAAUUUGGCUUUCAACCGUAUUGACUAUAUUUCUACUGCAGCAUUUAAUAAUAUGGAUAGUUUGGAACAGCUGGCACUUAACGACAAUAAAUUGACAAGUAUUCAAACACUAACAUUUUCGUCACUACGUAAUCUACGCCAGCUCAGUUUGGCAGGAAAUGCGAUCAACAUAACAAUGGAACGGUCGAUAAGUGACAUACCAACUCUAGAGAAUUUAUCGUUAGCUCGGAACCGUCUGCAACAGCUAAGCAAAGCAACAUUCGUUAAUUUAAAUAAUCUGGAGCAACUCGAUCUAAGUUACAAUCAGCUUCAGACAUUUGACUUUACAUUCCUAGCCCAAAGUCUGGUAAAUGUCAAACACCUUGACCUAUCACACAACCGUAUCAUUACAAUUGAUCUGCAUUCAGCAAAGCGAACAUUAACGUAUCUCAACCUGGCAUAUAAUCAAUUACAAUCAAUCGGGAAAAAUUUGUUGAAUGAUCUUAGUCAGCUAAAAGUCCUCAAACUAAAUCAUAACGAACUUAUUGAAGUACAAAGCAAUGCAUUCGCAACUUGUAGAUGGCUAAACGAACUCGAUUUAUCCUAUAACCAUCUGAGGAUACUACACAAAGGCACCUUUGCAGAGCAGAAUAUUUACGACAGUCUUGUAUUGCGAAGUAAUGCCAUCAGCAGCUUGGACACAGAUACAUUUGGAAACAAUAAUGUCAACAAACUUGAUCUCGCUUAUAAUGAACUCAAGAAAAUACCCCAACACGCAUUCAAUUCCAUCCAAAACAGCCUUACUAACCUGAAUCUAAGAGGCAAUCAAAUCCGAUCUAUAAGUGCAGAUGAUUUCGAUGGUAUGCAGAACCUAAUGGAACUAAUUUUGGCCGAUAACUAUAUCGAGAUUAUUGAAGAAGCGGCAUUUUCAAGAAUGAAGAAACUAAUGAAACUGGAUAUUAGUCAUAAUCCCAUCACAUCAUGGCAUCCACACGCAUUUCGAGACCUGAGUAACGCUAUGGAAACACUUGAUUUAGCAAAUACAGGCUUAUUUUCACUACCAAAAAUUGAUAAUCAUGGACUUCGACUUCUAAAUAUCAGCAACAAUAAAAUUCACGAAGUCAACAGAGUACAUCUAAUUAACAAUCGAAAAUUGGCAACAUUUGAUAUUUCUUAUAAUAAUUUUAAAGAACUUGAUCCGGAGAUGUUUGCCGAACUUGUUGAAUUAAAACAUUUGAACAUUACCGGGAAUCCAGUCAACAAAAUCACGGAUAGACAUCUUCGAAAUCUAUACAAUCUUGAAUCGCUCAAAUUAUGCAAUAUGAAGGAACUACUUCAUCUACCGGAACCAUAUUCGUUUCGGAAUUUACGCCAUCUACGCAAUCUUUAUCUUUACAACCUUCCCCGUGUACAGACUUACGACAUAUCAGCUAUUCUGAAAUAUUUACCUCCAUUACGCACUUUGGCUAUAGAAAUCAAAGAAACACAUUUGGCAACUCAGAUGUAUAGCGCUGAUCUUAGAUUACUACGAAAGAUUGUAAUCACCGGAAAACAGUUAUUUCAAAUCGAUACUGGUGCAUUUGCGCAGCUACGUGGUUAUAAAGUAGACAUAACGGUACGCGACACCGGAAUCAAAGUAUUUCCAUCAUCGAUAUUCAAUACCCUAACUGCUAUUAGUUACUUGUCACUUUCACUACCGAACAACCGUUUACAAACUUUUGAACCAUUUCCACAUACCAAACCACCAGUACUCAACCAACACGGCACCAUACUGCACAAUUUACAGCUAACGGGUAACCCAAUUAUAUGCGACUGCCGAUUAAACUGGAUCGGUGAGUGGGUUGAAUACUAUCAAAGCGUUAACGCAGCCUACGAACAACCUCUCAAUGAUACACGUUGUGCUAAUCAAAUUGGUAGCGGUGCAACGCUUCACAAUGCUUACACUUCAACAAAUUAUAUAGCAUGCACAACGGACAGUGCUACUGGCAGUUGUAAUUCAAUUCGUAUUUUCUUUAAUCUUUUAUUUCUACUUUUCCUGACAAUUUCCAAUUAA